AUGCGACUGGCGGCCCACCGCAGAGUACUCCCGCUGCGAGUAUGCGGUUCUGCCCGUCUUGUGUCCUCCAGCGAGCAAAGGCAGGAACAGCGUGGAUUCUUCUCGGUGCUGCGCCGCGGGCCACGCAGCCGUGCCGAGCUCUGGGGUCUCUGCCUCGGCUGCGCCGUGUUCCCGCUCUCUGUGUCGCUGUUGAACUGGUACGACAAGCUAAAGGAGGCUGGUGUAGUAGAAGCAGCGGAUACCGCACCGGAGUUUCAGUCCAUGCAGUCUGUCACAAUGGCGCCCAAGCAGCAGCUGGGUGGACCGUUCCGUCUGCGCGAGAGCCGCACAGGUGCCUACGUCACAGACGAAGAGCUCUUCCGCGACCGCUGGACGCUGCUGUACUUCGGCUUCUCCAAGUGCGCAGAGGUGUGCCCGACGACGCUGCGCUUCAUCGCGGACGUUCUGAAGACGUGUGACACCACUAUGACGGGCGCCGCGGCGGAGGAGGCGGCGAAACUGCAGGGCGUCUUUCUGAGUAUCGACUCUUUCCGUGACACACCGGAGGUGCUGCAGGCGUUCGUGUCGCAGUUCGACCCUCGCGUGGUGGCGCUGUGCGGCAACACGGCGGAGGUGCGGCAGGCCGCGCAGGCGUGGCGCGUGUACUACUCCUCCGUCGAAGAGACAGAGGAGGAGCGGGCGAUACGCGAGGCGAAGGGGAUCCCCGAAAUUGUGCUCGACGAGACGUACCAGUUCGACCACAGUAGUGCCAUCUACCUCGUGGGGCCAGACGGCAGGAUGAAGGACUUCUUUUUCAAGGAGAUGGGGCUGGAAGACAUGGUCAGCAGGCUGGACGUGCACUUCGCCGACAUAUACGGCUUCAAGGACACAAGGAAGCCAUUGCAGCAGGGGAAUUAG